AUGGAGAAUAAGACCAAGACGCUAGUGAGUGAAUUUCUUUUCCUGGGACUCACAGACCAACUGCACCAGCAGAUCAUUCUCUUCGCCAUGCUUCUCAUCAUCUACCUGGUCACCGUGUGGGGUAACCUGGGAAUGAUCGUACUGAUAUGGACUGACUCCAGACUCCACACGCCUAUGUACUUUUUUCUUAGCCAUCUGUCCUUUGUGGAUAUUUGUUCCUCUUCUUCCAUUGCCCCGAAGAUGCUGUGUGAUAUCUUUGUAGAGAAAAAAAGUAUCUCUUUCCUGGGCUGUGCUGCACAGCUGUGGUUCUCUGGUCUGUUUGUGGCAGCUGAAUGUUUCCUCUUGGCUUCCAUGGCGUAUGACCGGUACGUAGCCAUCUGCAAGCCCUUGUUGUACACCCUGAUUAUGUCCCAGCGGGUCUGCGUGCAGCUGGUGGUAGGACCUUACGCUGUGGCUCUUUUAAGCACUAUGACUCAUACAACACUGACUUUUUGCUUACCUUUCUGUGGCCCAAAUAUCAUCAAUCAUUUCUUCUGUGAUAUCUCACCUCUGCUCUCCUUGUCAUGUGCAGACACCUGGAUCAAUAAGUUGGUACUUUUCGUCUUAGCUGGAGCUGUGGUCGUACUCAGUGGUGUGACCAUCGUGGUCUCUUACGUGUGUAUUCUGAUGGCCAUCCUGAGGAUUAAGUCCGCUGAGGGGCGGCGGAAAGCCUUCUCCACUUGUUCCUCUCAUCUGGCAGCUGUCUCUGUCCUCUAUGGGACUCUUUCCUUUAUUUAUGUCCUGCCGAAGUCACAUUCCUCCCUGGAUAUCAAUAAGGUGAUUUCCCUGUUUUAUACUGUUGUGAUCCCCAUGCUGAACCCCAUCAUCUACAGCCUGAGAAACAAGGAGGUGAAAGAUGUGUUCAGGAGAAAGUUUGAAAGAAAUAACUUUCUAAUUAGCCGAUAA